GGCACAUGUGACUGGUUAAGACACCGAGCCCCAGCUUGAAGGAAACGGCUGUUGGCGGCAUGCUCCAGCUCUUGGCAGCUAGACAGGCUGGGUGCUGGUGUGAGGGUUCGGGCGACAAAACCACCCCAUCACAGAGAAACAACUACAUUGAAGAGUGUCUACGUGAUUUUAAUGGCCUCUCUGUUUUCCUUAUGAGACAUUUGCUCUGUGGUAGAGACCCAAGCGAUUCACAAAUUGGCCAAAAUGAAGAGCAAUGGGGCCAAUGAACCGUUCAGAAAGACUACCAUCUGUGAUGGAAUCCAACUCCAAUGAAAGCCUGUUUGGUUUGGGGAAAGUGAAGUAUUUUUCCUUCCACCCAACAAUUCAAAAGAUCUGAAGCAAAUUUCCUUGGAGCCUUCAACUGAAGUUAGCUUUGGGAAGGUUUUCCAAAGUACUUAUGGUUGAAAUUGAACAAUCCAUUUCUGUAGACUUCUCUCUCCUCAUACUUCCCAGUGAUGGUAACUGCCCCUCACUUCCUUCUAAACCUAGAAAUCUAUUUGUGUGAAAACAACAGAGUUUUCUUGAAGCACAACUAAGAACAAAAAGCUACCACUAGGCACAAAAGUCACUGGCACAAAAGUCACUGAUUCAUGGGAUUAUGAAGAUGAUCUCUCUGAUGUUGAAAAUGUCUCCAGUUUUUUGACAACAGGAAAUAACCAUGGGGUCCAGCGGCCUUGGGAAAGCAGCAACAUUAGAUGAACUGCUGAGCACCUGCAUUGAGAUGUUUGAUGACAAUGGAGAGCUGAAUAAUAGCUAUUUGCCAAGAAUAGUUCUACUGAUGCACCGAUGGUAUUUAUCUUCCACCGAAUUGGCAGGAAAACUUCUCUGCAUGUAUCGAAAUGCCAGUGGAGAAAGCUGCGAUGAGUUUCGAUUAAAGAUCUGCUACUUCAUGAGGUACUGGAUUCUGACGUUUCCUGCAGAGUUUAAUUUGGAUCUGGGUUUGAUUCGUAUGACUGAGGAGUUCCGGGAAGUGGCUAGUCAACUAGGCUAUGAAAAACACGUCAGCCUCAUCGACAUAUCCAGCAUUCCUUCCUAUGACUGGAUGAGAAGAGUUACACAGAGGAAAAAAGUAUCCAAAAAGGGAAAGGCCUGUCUGCUGUUUGACCAUCUGGAGCCCAUUGAGUUGGCUGAACACCUCACUUUUCUGGAGCAUAAAUCUUUUAGAAGGAUCGCAUUUACUGAUUAUCAAAGCUAUGUCAUCCAUGGCUGCCUGGAGAACAACCCAACCCUGGAGAGAUCUAUUGGUUUAUUUAAUGGAAUCUCUAAGUGGGUCCAGUUGAUGGUUCUUAGCAAACCAACACCCCAGCAAAGGGCAGAGGUCAUCAUAAAGUUUAUCAAUGUUGCAAAGAAACUCCUUCAGCUCAAGAAUUUUAAUACACUGAUGGCCGUGGUGGGAGGCCUCAGUCACAGCUCCAUUUCACGCCUCAAAGAGACCCAUUCUCAUCUUUCCUCAGAGGUUACGAAGAACUGGAAUGAAAUGACCGAGUUGGUCUCCUCCAAUGGCAAUUACUGCAAUUACCGCAAGGCCUUUGCUGACUGUGAUGGCUUCAAAAUCCCUAUCCUUGGAGUCCACUUGAAAGACUUGAUAGCAGUCCAUGUCAUUUUCCCAGACUGGAUGGAAGAAAACAAAGUAAACAUUGUGAAAAUGCACCAGCUUUCCGUGACCCUAAGUGAACUGGUCUCAUUGCAGAAUGCCUCUCACCACUUAGAGCCUAACAUGGAUUUGAUCAACCUACUUACUCUCUCUCUGGACCUCUAUCACACAGAAGAUGAUAUUUACAAACUGUCGCUGGUGCUGGAGCCUAGGAAUUCUAAGUCGCCUACCUCCCCGACGACGCCCACCAAGCCUGUGGUGCCCCUGGAGUGGGCAUCAGGGGUAGUGCCAAAGCCAGACCCCACAGUCAUCAACAAGCAUAUACGGAAACUGGUGGAGUCUGUGUUUAGAAACUACGAUCAUGACCAUGACGGAUACAUCUCCCAAGAGGACUUUGAAAGUAUAGCCGCCAACUUUCCCUUCCUGGAUUCCUUCUGUGUGCUGGAUAAAGAUCAGGAUGGCCUAAUUAGUAAAGAUGAAAUGAUGGCUUACUUCCUGAGAGCUAAAUCCCAACUACACUGUAAAAUGGGACCAGGAUUUGUCCAUAACUUUCAGGAGAUGACUUACCUCAAGCCAACCUUCUGCGAACACUGUGCAGGAUUUCUCUGGGGCAUCAUCAAGCAAGGAUACAAAUGCAAAGACUGUGGAGCCAAUUGUCACAAGCAGUGCAAGGACCUUCUGGUCUUGGCCUGCAGGCGACUUGCUCGGGCACCCUCCUUGGGCAGUAGUCAUGGAUCACUGCCAGGAAGCCCCUCAUUGCCCCCAGUGCAGGAUGAAGUGUUUGAGUUUCCUGGGGUCACUGCUGGACACCGGGACCUGGACAGCAGAGCAAUCACACUGGUCACUGGCUCCUCUCGUAAGAUCUCCGUGAGACUUCAGCGGGCUACCACCAGCCAGGCCACCCAGACCGAACCUGUGUGGUCAGAAGCCAGCUGGGGGGAUUCUGGGUCCCACACGUUUCCCAAAAUGAAAUCCAAGUUCCAUGACAAAGCCGCCAAGGACAAAGGCUUUGCCAAGUGGGAAAAUGAGAAGCCAAGAGUGCAAGCCGGUGUGGAUGUGGUAGAUCGGGGCACCGAGUUUGAACCUGAUGAAGAUGAUGGUCAGGGGGAGACCAGCUAGGAGGGUGAGGUCAGUGCCCGUCAAUCCUCAAAUGAAAUCAGGAGGUUGGAGGUGCUGAGAUGGGCUUCGGUAGGCAGCCUGAUAGUUCUGAAAGUAGUGUUUGCGGGAAUCGAGGCAUACCAUUGCCAGGGUGGCUGUGGGCUAGUUGUGUGACCUGGGGAAGAUGGCUGCUUCUCCCUGCACCUCCUUUUCCUUGUGUGGAAAAUGGAACUGGCUUGUGUUCUAAUGCUUUGCAAAGGUGGUCAUGCAUGUGAACUCCAUAUAUCUAAAAUCCAGGACACUAUGCCCCUGAGCUUUAAUUGUUCAAGCAAGAACCAGGGCCCAAAGUCAGGGCAAUGGAAGCAAGAGUUGGAGACAGAGCAGAAUUGGAAAGAUUUUUCUCUACAAAAAAAAAAAAAA